CCGACGACCCAAGAAAUAGGCCCAUAUGAGAGAAACAUACUCUCUCUCUCUCACCAAAACCAAACGCUGCCCUUCUCCACUCCAGUUUCGGCCGCCCCCAACAUUCUUUCUAAAGCUUAAACCUUUGUAUAACCCCACCACCGCUCUACCCUCCAUUCAAGCUUCUUUUUCUUGUUUUUUCACCUUAAGCUUUAAUGGGUAGUGGUAAAAAGAGAAGUUCUGAAUCAUUGGAAGUCGAAACUGAAUUGGGUCAAUUAGAUACACCCAUUAAUGAGGUUGUUUCGAGUGAUAAAUUGAAAAAGAAGACCAAGAAGAAGAAGAAGAUUGAAAAGGGUGAUGGUGAUGGUGAUGAUAAUGAUGAUGAGUCUCCUUAUUCUUCUUCUUCUGCUGCUGCUGGUGUUGUUGUGAAUACGGUUAAGCCUAUGGAGAGGAGGAAAAAGAGAAAAGCUUUGGAUAAAGUGAGGCACCAUUCUGAGAAUGAACAAGUUAAGCUCAAAAAAACGGAGGUUGUUCAAGUUAAGGCUUCUUCUAAUGUGGAGGAGUCAUCAUCAUCUGUUGGUGUUUUGCCUGAGUUUCACAUUGGUGUUUUUAAGGAUUUGUCUUGUUCUGAUGCUUCUUUGAGAGAAGCAGCUGUUGAAGCAUUGGUAACUGAGUUGGAGCAUGUUCAGAAAGUAUAUGAUAGACUUGAGACUAAGGAUGCUAUUGAAAGUGGGUUGAAGUUGGAAGCUGAGAAAGAUGAUGGCUUGAAUCAAUGUGCACCCUCUUUGAGAUAUGCCAUUAGGAGGCUCAUUCGUGGUGUUUCUUCAUCCAGAGAGUGUGCAAGACAAGGUUUUGCAUUAGGUUUGACAAUGGUAAUAGGCAGCAUACCCAGCGUUAAAGUGGAGUCUCUGCUGAAACUCAUAACUGAUUUGUUAGAAGUUACUUCUUCAAUGAAGGGUCAGGAAGCUAGAGAGUCUCUUUUGGGUCGUUUAUUUGCUUAUGGUUCUCUUGCCCGGUCUAGGAGACUUGUUGAGGAAUGGAAUUCUAAUCGGGAUACUCCUUACAUAAAGGAAUUUACCAGUCUCGUAAUUGCCCUUGCAGUCAAGAAGCGAUACUUGCAAGAGCCUGCUGUGUCGGUUAUUUUAGAUUUGGUUGAAAUGUUGCCCACGGAAGCUGUAUUAAAACAUGUGUUAGAGGCACCAGGACUUAGUGAGUGGUUUGCGGGAGCUACAGAAGUUGGAAAUCCUGAUGCCUUGCUUCUGGCUUUGAAACUCCAUGAAAAAACUUCGGCUGAUAGUGCAAUGUUUGGUAAACUUCUGCCAAAUCCAUUCUGUGCUAACGAACUUUUUUCUGCCGACCAUCUGUCGCUGCUUGCUACUUGUUUGAAGGAAUCAACCUUUUGCCAGCCUAGAGUUCACAGUGUGUGGCCUGUUCUGGUAAAUCUUCUUUUACCCGAAAGUCUUUUGCAAGCUGGCGAUGUAGUGUCUCUUUCAAGUUCUAUGAAGAAGCACAAGAAAAGUCGAAAAUCUAGCUCUUCUGAAGAAGAAAUUGUAAAGAACUUGCAGUGCUUCAUCGAAGUGAUUAUUGAAGGAUCUCUUCUUCUGUCAUCUCAUGACCGUAAGCACUUGGCAUUUGAUGUUCUUCUUCUACUAUUGCCAAGGUUGCCUGCGUCUUUUGUACCGCUUGUUUUGUCAUACAAACUUGUCCAGUGCCUGAUGGACGUACUGGCCACCAAGGACUCGUGGCUUUACAAAGUUGCUGAACAUUUUCUUAAAGAAAUAUCGAAUUGGGUUAAGCAUGAUGAUGUCAAAAAGGUUGCUGUUAUUGUUGCUCUACAAAAACACAGCAAUGGAAAAUUUGACUCCGUUACACGAACAAAAACGGUUAAGGAAUUUAUGGCUGACUUCGAUACAGAAUCUGGCUGCAUACUGUUUAUUAAGAACUUAAAGGGCAUGUUUGUGGAUGAAAGUCAUCCUUCUGAGGAACCUUCGGAUCAGAGUCAAACAACUGAUGACAAUUCAGAGAUGGGUUCAGUUGAAGACAAAGAAUCACUUGGGGCUUUGGGAAAUUCAGAUUUUUUGAAAACUUGGAUUGUUGAAUCAUUACCUAGUGUAUUGAAGAAUUCGAAGCUUGAUAAUGAAGCCAAGUUCCGUGUUCAAAAAGAGAUAAUGAAGUUUCUAGCUGUUCAGGGUGUGUUUACUGCAUCUCUUGGCACUCAAGUAACAUCAUUUGAGCUAGAAGAGAAGUUUGAAUGGCCGAAAGUAGCCACUUCCAGUGCUCUUUGCAAGAUGUGUAUCGAACAACUUCAGUUGCUGUUGGCAAAUGCUCAAAAGGGCGAAGGUUCACGUGCUAAGAUAAACGGUGUUGAGCCAAAUGACCUUGGUUCAUAUUUCAUGCGUUUUCUAAGUACUUUACGGAAUAUUCCAUCAAUUUCUGUAUUUCGACCAUUGGAAGAUGAAGAAGAAAGUGUAAUUAAGAAAUUGAUAAAGACAGAAACUUCACUCUCAAGAGAGGAGAGGAAUAGCGGGAUUAGCAACGAGGCGAACAGAUUGCAUGCAAUAAGGUACUUGCUCAUCCAGUUGCUUUUGCAAAUUCUCCUACGGCCAAGAGAGUUUUCAGACGCUGCCACUGAAUUAAUUAUAUGUUGUAAGAAGGCUUUUCCAACUCCUGAUAUUCUUGAAUCUUCUGGGGAAGAGGACAACGAUGAUGAUGCUGCACCUGCAGUAAUGGAUGUUCUUGUAGAUACAUUGCUUUCAUUGUUGCCACAGUCAUCGGCUCCUAUGCGAACUGCUAUUGAGCAGGUUUUCAAACAUUUCUGUGAUGAUAUCACGGAUGAUGGUCUUCUGCAAAUGUUACGAGUAAUUAAGAAAACACUAAAACCUGCUAGGCAUCAAGUUGCUGAGAGCGAUGAUGAUGUUGAUGAGGAUGAAGAUGACGAAGAUUUUCUGAAUAUUGAAGAUGAGGAUGAGGUGAUCGAUAAUGCUGAGACAGCUGAAACCGGUGAAAGUGAGGAGCAGACAGAUGACUCGGAGGCUGUAGGGGGGCUCGAGGAAGUUCACAAUGAUGUUUCUGCUGCUUCGGAUGAUUCUGAUGGAGGAAUGGAUGAUGAUGCUAUGUUCCGAAUGGACACAUACCUUGCUCAGAUCUUUAAAGAGCGAAAGGCUCAGGCUGGGAGCGAAACUGCUCAGUAUCAGCUCGUUCUUUUCAAACUUCGUGUACUUUCGCUGCUGGAAAUUUACUUGCAUGAAAACCCGGGUAGCCCACAAGUUCUCUUGGUGUAUUCCAACUUAGCACGAGCACUUGUUAGUCCACCAACCGCAGAAAGUAGCGAACAGCUUCGGCAACGCAUAUGGGGAAUUCUACAAAAGAAGAUAUUUAAAGCGAAGGAGCACCCGAAGGGUGAAGAAGUGCAACUACCUGCUCUCGAGUCUUUGUUGCAAAAGAAUUUGAAGUUGGCGUCGAAGCCAAUUAAGAAAAAGAAACUUGCUAAUAAGAAGCAAUCAGCGUCUUGGAACCGACAGAAGAUGAUUGCUUCGCUUGCACAGAACUCGACUUUCUGGAUACUCAAGAUCAUUGAUGGGAAAAAUCUUCCAGAGGCUAAGUUGCAAGGGGUUAUUGAUAUUUUCCAGCGCGUUCUGGUAGAAUAUUUCGAUAGUAAAAAGUCACAAAUCAAGUCAGAAUUUUUGAAAGACAUAUUUCGCAGAAGGCCAUGGAUUGGACGUCAAGUGUUGGGUUUCCUCUUGGAGAAAUGUGGCAAUACGAAAUCCGACUAUCGAAGGAUUGAAGCGCUUGAUUUAGUAAUGGAAAUAUCCAAGUCACUUGGUCCAGCCAAUAACACAGAUGCAUUGCCCAAAAUUUGGAGCAGCCAUCUCCCUAGCCUGUGUCACUUGAUAGAGGUCUUGGCAACAAAUAAGCCCGAAAAGCAGUCGAGGAGGGCUGAUAUACGAAAAUUUUGUGGUAAGAUCUUUCAAACCAUGAAGAGCACCGGCUUGGAAGAGCGUUUUCUUAGUUCUUUAAAUGAAGAAGGCGGUGCACUGUGUCGACCCCAAGUGAGCAAAUAGUUUUUCUUUCUUCAAUUCCUUAAAAUGAGAUUCAAAAUACUAAAUACUUUAUUGUACCAGUUUUGAGAGAGAUUUUUGUUUUGUAUUAGGAAAAAAGUUUAUUGUUGCUGAAACCAUUUAGAACAAUAUACUCAGCCUAUUGAUUUGUGCCAUUGUUUUUCCUAAUAGACAAUAUAAAUGGGAUUUUGUUAUUUUAUUUUUCA